AUGGCAGAGGCACAUUCAUGGUUAUAUAUGUGUUGUAGUCAAGUAUCAAAUAAAUGCCCACCUCUGGAUGAGGCAAAAUUUUAUUUUAAAAGUACAUUUAACGGUGGAACACUUUUAAGAGCCACCUACAUGAAAGGAAAAGCUAUAUAUGAAAGUGAUAAUUUGAGUACAAUAGCUAUAUUAAAAGAUGUUAUAAGUAAAGAAAUUACAGAAAAAGAAUAUAAAGUUAAUUUAAAUGUUGUAAUUGAUGAUGCAAGUAUCCCACACACUUUGAAACUGAUGCAUCCAAAAAUGGAAUAUCAAACAAAACUUCUUUUUAAAAUAGAAAUGGCAAAAGCGUUAAAAGAAAUAAAAUCAACAUUUAAUGAUGUAAAUUAUCUUUCACCAGAAUUAAAUGAAAUUUUAAACUCAUAUGAUAAAUUACAUGAAGAAAAUAAAAAACAGGCAAUUUAUUUUGAUAGAUUAAUUGGUAUUAUAACUGACUUGUACAUUGAUAAAUUUAAAAUGAAAGGACAAAAUUCAAAACACAAAGUUAAUGAGUUAAUUGAAACUUUACAUGAUAAUUAUUCAUUGGAUAAUGUUAUUGACUUUUUCAAUACAAAAUUAUAA